UUUUUUUUCUCUCUCUCUUCCCCCUUCAAACCCAAUUCCCGAAUUUCCCCCAUAUCCAAUCGAUUUUUCCUCUGCAUGUGAAAUGCUAUAUAUACAAACCCACAAGUUUUUCAAUCUCUCCUACAAAACCCAUAUGCGAAAUCUUCAAGAAACUGAUUCCUUUCAGUCAAAAAUCCCCCAUUAAUCAAUCAAUCAAUCAUUUCUCUCUGUUUUUGGUUAUUAUGUUUCACGACAGUCGGUGGACGAACAUGACUCAGUCUUCGACUCAGUGGACUCGGUCCGAGGAUAAGCUUUUCGAGGAGGCUUUAGUGGUGGUUCCGGCGAACUUGCCUGAUCGGUGGCAGAGGGUCGCCGACCAUGUCCCUGGAAAGUCGCCGAGGGAGGUUAAAGAUCACUACGAGGCUUUGGUUCACGAUGUCCUUGAAAUUGACUCUGGCCGAGUUGAGUUGCCGAGUUAUGCCGAUGAAUCGGCGGUGGGUUUGCCGGAAUGGGACUCUUCUGGACAGAUCUCCUUUGGAUCCAAGGCCAAGCCUGGUGGGGAUAACGAAAGGAAGAAAGGAACGCCAUGGACUGAAGAAGAACAUAGGCUAUUUCUCCUUGGACUCAAAAAAUUCGGUAAGGGUGAUUGGAGGAGCAUCUCAAGGAAUGUGGUGAUCACAAGAACACCAACUCAGGUAGCCAGUCAUGCCCAGAAAUACUUUCUCCGACAAACCUCCGGUAAGAAAGAAAGGAAACGAUCAAGCAUUCACGACAUCACAACAGUCGACAACAACUCCAUCCCUAUGCCCAUCGACCCCAAUUGGAUUACUCCAGCCCCCAACAAUCCAACCGUUCAAUCAAGUAUGCAGCAGUUAAGUCCCACAGGUCACGUACAAGACCAAGGAGGCUCACUCGGUUUCCAAAACUACCGGUUCCCAAUGUAGCAAACAACCGAACACCCUUAGAAACUACCACACAUUACUUAACAUUGUAAAUACACCAAAAAAUCUGUAAAGACGUACGUUACGUACCCUGGGGUUGGUUUCGUCGUUCUUUUGGUUGCCACAGCUUAGGGAAUUUGAACAGUGGUAGGAUCAUAUCUGUAAGUAAAUAGAAGAAACCAGAAAGUAUUUUAGUAGUAGUAGUAGUAGUGAAUGAUUAUUAGAAACAGCAGUUAAAAACUAAUGUAAAAGAAAGAAAAAUUAGGAGAAACACAGUAUAUGAAUGGAAAAAAAAAAUUCUUUGUUGGAUUGUGACAAGUCCUGCAAACCGAUUUUGCUACA